AAAUCGAACAUCAGAAAGUUGCUGUAACCCUGUGGCGCAAGCUUCAAACCGGCAUUAUGUUUCACACAGACACAGAUUUAGUCAUAAUCUAGAACACAAAAACAUUUUCUGUGGAAAUUUGGAAGGACAGUCCCAGAUGACAACCGUAAACUGUGCAAAACCCUCUAUUUUUUCAUGCAAGUCAUUCUCAGUAAUCUGUUCUUUUUAACCACAAGAAACAAAGUUUUACAUGAUCUUACCAUCAGGAGUUUCAGUUUUUAUUGAGCUUCAACUUCUUUGUUUGACUGACAUUCUAACCCUUUCUGAAGAAUUUGGUUUACUAAGAAAUGAUGAAUACUUGCGUAUAUAAAGCAGAAUAUAAUAAAUAAAUAAAUACACAACAACGCACAUAUGCCCAUACUAGCACGCUAUUUGAAUUGUGAAGUAAGGCCUCAACAUGAAUAUCGGCUUUAUAUGCACAUACAUCCAGACUGACAGGCUAGUGAUAUAGUCUAAUUAAUGUGCCAUCUUUGGUUGAAGUGCAGGACUCUUACAUAAUAGUGCAUCCAUGACAUAAAAAAAAAUACAUUUAAAUAAAAUGUAAAUUAAAAUCCAUGACUUUAAAAAUAAAUAAUAUUGAAAAAAGAAUAGAAAAUAAUCUGUUAUAACCAGAUAAUGGUGCAUGACAUAUGUAAUUCAAUAAACAAAAAAGUUUUAGUUUCGACCUAAAUGGAGAAAACUAAACAGUAACUGGGAGAAAUGCAAAAUGUAAACAUAGAAAUGUAAAAUGUAAACAAAAUAUCAAAAUGAUGAGUGUGCCAGCAAUAAUUUCUUUUUUCAUUCUUUUAAAAGUAGAACAAACAAAAGAGUGAGUCAUAACUUAAGCCACUGGUUUGAGAUACUUGUUUGCAAGUCUCCGCCUCCAUAUCUAAGGAAGGAAGAUGUGGUCCUCACCUACUACUCAUGCAAUAGGCAUGUGUGUGCAUAUCACAUGUGCCACCUUGUCUGUUAUUGGUUGGUGACUCUUCGAAUGUUUCCAGCCAAAGAGUUUUACUUUUAAGCUCAUGUCCUUUAAUUCAUUUACACUUUCUAGCAUCAUUCCUGUGGCAGCAGCGUAAGAACAAUGAGCACCAUAAGAAGUCCCGAGCAUCUAGCAGACACUUGUCUUCCCUCCUCCACGGGCGAGAUCUCGACAAGCAAAGAUGAACCUGGAAGUCUAAGCAGGCUUCUGCCACUCACUGGCUCAUCGUCACUGGCACGACGACUGUUUCACCUCCAGUCGUAUCGCAACCCACUCGUACCCAGUAGACGACGUAAACGCGAGAUGACCCCUGCUGAGAAAAAGGAUGCAUCGUAUUGGGUCAAGCGGCGGAAGAAUAACGAGGCUGCCAAGCGUUCCCGCGAGAAGCGACGACUCAACGACUUCAUGCUGGAGGGACAGCUUCUGGCGCUGAGUGAGGAGAACGCCCAACUCAGGGCAGAGGUGCUGAGUUUGCAGUAUCACAUGGGAAUUGGGCGAGGUCUGGACGUCAAUCAUCCCAUGAUGCCAUUCCACUAUCCUGUUGCGUCCCAUCUCAAGCCUUCCCUGUGGGGUUUGGGUACCGGUGCCGCUGCCGCUGCUCUUUCAGCAAAAGUUCCAGAGCGGUACCCCUCUUGGCCAGAGCAUAGCUCUGCUCCAUUCAUCUCACCUUUGAGGGUGCCUCCUAAAAGUGCCGACCUACCUUCGCAGGUUAGCCACUUAGAUGACAACACUGACCGAGUAGAGUCAGAUACAGCAUCUCACCCGCAGGUCUCUUCCAGCAAUGACCCACCGAGUCACCCACAACUGUUUCCGGCCCAGAGAGCACCUGCAGCCUCACCGCCCCCUCCUCAGCUGCUGCCUGGGUUGAGCCACUCUGCCACCCAGCACAACAACCAGAUGUUACCUUGGGACUUGUCGUCUUUGCGUCCAUCUCCCCUUCAUCCCAACUGGCCGUUGUCCUUGCCUCUGUCACUACGAGACACAGACGGAUCUCGUAAUGGAGGAAGGUCCCUCUGGAACUUCAACAGCAGGUACAGCAUGCUGUCUGCUGAGAUCUCAGGACAGCUCAGAAGAAUAUUUUGCCCGGAGAACUCUUAAUCAGCAAUAAUGCUGCCUGAACAGUACUUUUAUUAUGAUAAUAAACUGCUUAAAGGGAUCGUUCACCCAAAAAUGAACAUUCUGUCAACAUUUACUCACCCUCGUCCUUCCAAACCUGUAUGAAUCUCUUUCAUCUGUUUGAAAAUUGUCUCAGUGUUCAAACCAGUGUUGUUGUUUUUUGGACCCCAUUGACUUUCAUUGUAUAGACAAAAACAGUCCUUCAAAGUAUUUUCUUUUGUGUUCUGCAGAAGAAAGAAGUCAGAUAGGUUAAGAACAGCAUGGGUGAACUAUCCCUUUAAGGCAUCAGCUGUGCUUAAUGUAGUGAUGCGCAAGCCAACUCCUCUAUAUACGGCCUGCUAAACGAUAGACAUAACUUGAAAUGUUAAUUCUGCAAAUAUGUGGAUUGCAAUUAAAAGUAAUUAAUCCUUUGCUUAAUCCUCUUGGUUAUUUGCUUAUUGCAUAUAACUCUGAUUCAAGUUUGGGACUCUCCACUAUAUAUUCUCACAGCCACAUCAUUUAUUGGAAAUUAUUAUUAGUAUUCACAUUGCUUGUGUGAAAUACCAGUUCUAACUGAUUAUGACACUGAAAACAACCUUUCAUUGAAGCCGUUAUGCAAUAGUGAUGUUCCACGUAAAGGAAAAACAGAAUAAUGAGAAAAAAAAAUUACGUGGCUACCGCAACACAGACAGUAACAGCAAAACUAAAAAUGGUUUCAUUUGCUGUUCAUCGCUGAACUCUCAACUAUUUCAUAUUAAUUAAGUGGAAUGUGGAAUGAGAACAACUAUGCUAGACAUUGUGUAGUUAAUUCUUUAACUAAAUUUAUUCUCUACUAAUAAAUAUGGGGUAGGCUACAUGUAAAGUAAAUUAUUAAAGUGAUCAUGAUUAAAUAUGAAGCAUGGUCACAAUGUAGAUGGUUUUAAGCUGGGGUAAAUUUGUCUGAUAUCUGAUUGAACUCAGGCUUGUCAAACCGCAUGUUCACACUUCUGGUGUGUGGAUGUACAUGUACUUGAGUGUGUGAAGUAGAAUAAAGACAAAUUUACAGGCGCAAA